GGCCCUGCCAUGCCAAUGGCCCACAACUCUUAUUCUAAUUUCUGAAACUUCCCCUCCCCUUCCGUUUAUUAUUUUCUCGAUCUCUAUCUCGAUCGCCGCCGUGCAUCAUCGGCCACCUCGUCGCCGUCCCCUCUCUUCCUCUAAUCGCCACCGGGCGUGGAACUAAUAUCGCCGCCGUCCCCUUCCGCCUCCGCUGUGGCUGACGUUGCCAUGGCCUGAUGCCUCGAAGGUCUCUGUAAAUCUCUCUCUCCGCCUCUGUUUUCGAGCUAUCCACAGGCUGCACGAAGGCUAGCGCUUCCGCUCGGCCCUCAGGGAAUAUGUUAUCUCAUUUUUCAUGCAUGUGAUCUGGAAACUGCAAAUGGAUGACCAUGCAAAGAAAAAGAAUGAACUACCUUGAUGGUUAAAGGGUUUAUAGCAGCUAAUGGAAUGGAAAAGAAAAGAACAAGUGAUGAGUCUGAACCAGGAUCUAUUCUGCUUUCACAAGUGGACAGGUUUGGAUUUAUAAAACUGGAGCAGAACUCUUCAGAGGGCUUAACUAAAAGCAGGCCUACUAAUGAACAUGAGAGAGAAGAAACAAGGAUUAAAAAGUGGAGGAAAAUGGUAGGUGUUGGUGGGAGUGAUUGGAAGCAGUAUGUUAGAAGAAAACCUCAUGUGGUUAAAAGGCGUAUAAGAAAGGGAAUUCCUGAUUGUUUGAGAGGACUUGUUUGGCAAUUGAUUUCUGGAAGUCGAGACCUUCUGCUAAUGAAUCCAGGGGUUUAUGAGCAACUAGUGAUAUAUGAGACAUCAGCAGCAGAGUUGGAUAUAAUUCGUGACAUAUCUCGGACUUUUCCUUCACAUGUUUUCUUUCAACAGAGGCAUGGACCAGGCCAAAGGUCCCUAUACAAUGUUCUGAAGGCAUACUCUGUGUAUGACAGGGAUGUUGGAUAUGUUCAGGGGAUGGGGUUUUUAGCAGGUUUGUUGCUUCUUUAUAUGAGCGAAGAAGAUGCAUUUUGGCUACUAGUUGCUUUGUUGAAGGGGGCUGUUCAUGCACCCAUGGAAGGCUUAUAUCUGGCUGGUUUGCCGCUUGUCCAACAGUACUUAUUUCAGUUCGAGCAAUUAGUGAAAGAACAUUUGCCAAAAUUGGGAAAACAUUUUUCUGAAGAAGUGGUCAAUCCAAGCAUGUAUGCAAGUCAAUGGUUCAUUACCAUUUUCUCGUACUCAUUCCCUUUCCCUUUGGCACUUCGCAUCUGGGAUGUCUUUCUUUAUGAGGGGGUCAAAGUUGUUUUUAAAGUUGGGUUAGCUUUGUUGAAGUUCUGCCAUGAUGACUUGAUAAAACUACCUUUCGAGAAACUCAUACAUGCUUUGCGCAACUUUCCCGAGGAUGCAAUGAAUCCAGAUACACUACUGCCACUUGCCUUCUCAAUCAAGGUGUCAAAAACCCUGGAGGAGCUUCGACAGGAUUAUGAGAAGAGAAACGGGGGACCAUUAGGCCAAGCAGGGUCUACCAAUAGGCAGCUGCGGGCCAUUAACCAUAAAGAGUUUUCUAUCAUGACCGAAAUAAGCAAUUGUGUACAGAAGGAUGAUCUGUCUUCCUGAAACCGUGCACUGCAAUGGAAGCUACGACAUGGAAAUAACAAUGCAAUUCGCAUGGUUCCUUUUGUAUAGUGUAUGCCAAUUCUUUUCUCAUUCUUUUGUUGCUUCCAGUGUAUCUCUGUUUUUUUUUUCCUCCUCUCCAAAUCGGCUUUAAGUUCGAUGAGUAUAUCUUGUCCUUAUCAUUUAAUUGCAUUAUUUGAGAAUGAGAAUUAGGUUGGAGAGGAAUAUAUUGGUUAUCAGAU